CAUGGCGAUCAACAACGGAUCAGACUGAUCCGAUUCGUUAGGACGAUUGUUCUCAACCCUUUAAGGACGGACGAUUUAGGUUCUUCAAGAAAUUUUCAUCAAGAUUUCUCCAGAAUGUCCAUGCAUUGGAUAACAAUUUGUUUUGUUUAAAAAAUAAAAAAAAGCGGCUACAAAAGGGGCAAACCGAUGUCUUUUUACGUGGAUAUCGUUACAGAAGAUUCUUUCUAUGAAAACCUCACGUUGGGCGUGGUAAAGAUUCUGGAAAGUCUGGCGUAUAUAAAAAAUGUACGGAUCGACAGAAGAAACGGAUGUGAAAGCACGACUAUCACCAACUGGGAGCAACGACAUUGUUGUGUCCUCCCAGAGGAUGUUAAGAACUUUUACGUCUCGAUCGACGGCUUCUUGCUUCAGUGGAACCUCGAGAUAGCAGGCGAAGAAUUUCCCAUAGGACGCAUGGAGAUCGGUUCGUUCUCUUCUCUGAAACGAUACACGAACAACACCGGCAAACGAGAGGAAUCUUCCUCCUCCAUUUCCGUCGAUUCUGACAAGUUAGAAGCAGAGGCCAUUUCCGAUAACACGUCUGACGUCGAUAGCAUCCUUGUCCUCCUCCAAGGAAAUGGUGCACAUAAUUGCAAGAUGUUUGAAAUCGCGCAAUGUUUCCCAGAAAGCAGCAAGGCCAAGGUCUAUUUAGUCUACCGGAUGAAACAGGAACAAGAAGCGCCCAGCGUAUGGUUGCACAGAGAAGAAGCGAAUAGGUGGUACCAUUUGGCUGACAGUUUCACCGUGUAUUUUCGCAUGAUGCUUGUUCAUCUUGGCUUGCCGUUGUGGCAAAGCUGUGUGUCAGGCGUGUCUCUGCCAACGUGGGUCGAACAGGUGUACUUUCUUGUCGCUCCUCAUUUACUACCAUCCGUCGUCGAACCCACGGAAACAAUUUCCACCUCCAUAUGGAACAUGGGACCCACCAACGUUAUCGAUCCGACGAUUUUCAAGGCGAAGGAGGGUAAACAGAAAUGCUCCAGAAAGAAAUAAUUCUUCUGGAUCCUUGUAAUUUUUCUAAUUAUUGUGAUUAUCCUUCAAGGUGUAUUCGUAAUCCAUAACUUGUAAACAAAUGAUAGAAUCAACUUUAAAGCAAUAAAAUUAAAAUACCUCUAAA